CAUAUUUUGUAUACAUUUUCUGUUUAGAAGCGACCAGCAUAUUCGCAAUAUCAUCGUACGGUCACGCCGAAUCGUUGACAAUUUGAGGAGGGCAAACAAACAAGCCAGCAACUCUUGCAAUGGCGGGACGCGAAUUAACAAUAACGCCAACGAAGCGCGAGCGCCGCAAAUCGCCAGCAAUGAGCUUCACCUCGGACAGCAGCAGUGUGCAGCCUCCACCAAUGUCGCCCACCUCGUCGGUGGCAGAUACCACAUUUGAGCCAACUAUUGAUAUGAUGGUAAACGACUUUGACGACGAGGCUACAUUAAAUGAAGAGGAAGCACUCGCCGACCAAGAGGCACAUAAUCCCGAAGAUGAGAUCGCCACGCUGCGCGAAGAGAGCGAAAUGCCCAUCGAAGAACUGCUGGCCAAGUACAGCAGUAUGCCAACCACUUCGCCGGUCGCAACCAGCAGCUUUAAGCGUUCCAGCGGCAGUUCGAGGCGACGACGUGCCCCAAAACGACAGCAUCAGGAAACAGACUCGGCUGCUAAUGUGCCAACGUCAACAGGCGCUGACGAGGUCUACAAUGAACCAAUAACUACUGCAACUGGCCAAGAGGCUGGCAGCUCUGUUGUUCAAACAGAUGAUGAUACGAUGACUGCAGACGAUUGCACAACGUUGCCAGCGGAAUCAUCCAAUGAUGCUGACGCUGGUCACCAUGAAACACCAGGUGUUUUGCCACCAGAAGUCAGUAAAAAGCAUCGUUCGCAUUUGUUGGACUUGUAUCCGGGUGAAACCUUUCCCAACAGUGCACAGCAAACACUGCACGCCAUGGAAGAUCUAAAAAGUUUUACACCGCUGCAAACACUCUUCGAUGAAGUCGAGGAGGAGGAGGAAGAGGAUGAAAGUGACACGGAGUCGGAUGAUGCGAGAAAGAUCAUUAUGGUUGGGCCCGACUAUCAGGCUGAUAUUCCUGAAGGACUUUCACAGUAUGGCGACAUAUUGCCGUACGAAAACGAGGAUCAGCUCAUCUGGGAGCCCAGUCAAGUCACGGAGCGUGAGGUCGAGGAUUAUCUAGCCAAGAUCCAGGAGACUCGUGCACUAACCACAUCAUCAACAGAUGAGGCUGCUGUUGCUGUCGCUGACAUGGCCGAGGGCGAAGAGAACACUACAGCUGUCACAGAAGACGCAGCUGCAAUAGCAACGCCUGCCACAGUUGCAACAGCGAAUCCAACUACAGCUAACUUGGACUCGGAAUCGGUGGUCAAGGAUAAUGAGCAAGCGUUGCAUCUACUGGUGCAAUGCGGUUACGACUUCAAGGAGGCGCUGCGCCGAAAACGCUUAAAUGUCCUGCCACUGAGCGAUACGAUGAGUAGCUGGUCGGAGGAGGAAUGCCAGAAAUUCGAGGAGGGCAUUCAUAAGUUUGGCAAGGACUUCUAUCAGAUCCGGCAGAAUCAGGUGCGCACAAGAACCAUGCGCGAACUUGUACAGUUCUAUUACCUGUGGAAGAAGAGCGAACGUCGCGAUCAGAGCUUUGCCCUCAACGAUACCAUCGAUCACAUGGAUGUUUUCCUUAACGAAGGUGGCAAUGGCAACAUUACCAGCAAUGUUGCAACCGCAGCAGGUGUUGGCAAUGGCAGUGGGAAUGGGAAUGGCAGUUGCUCGUCUCAAGCGAGCAGCUGCAGCAGCAGUAAUGGUCAUAGCAAUGCGAAUGUCAACAACGAAGCCUCCGCACUGGACAAAGAGGCUGCAGCAACAGUUUCACGCAAAUCCACAACGAAAAACUACUCGAUUAUGACAGGCAGCCAACCUGGUGGUGGAGGAGGAAACGCAUCCGCUACUAGUCGCAAACGCGGCGCAUCCUUUGCUCUGGACAACGAGGAUAAUGAGCAGGACGCUGAAAAUGUAACGAUCGAUAGUUUAAGCUGAAUCAUUGUUAUUGGGGGCCACAGUCAUGGGAUGCAUACAAUGUUCUCAACCAGUGGGGCAGGGGCAUCGAUAAAAUCGGUUCGAUAACACACACAGCAAUUGAGCCAAAAUGCGCAGGCGCUUUCGACUCAACAAACGAUGGUGGCAGCUGUGGACAUCAUGGAUGGCAUUUUGCAUUAAUUACUAUUAGGUUGAAAACGAAAUCCAACAUUCAUUACAUGUGUAGCAUACAGAUAAUACAUAAAUAUAAUUGUCGAUUCUCUAAUACAUCAAAUACCAACUCGCAAUUAUCGAAA